AUUUUCAGAUUUCAAGUUUCAAUUUAAACAAUAUACAAAAUUCGACGAAAGGAGACGAUUCUUUAAUUACGUAUUACGUAUAUAUAACAAAUAAAAUAUAUCCAAAUGGCUUGUAACGAUCUCUGCGCAAUAUCAAAUCCUUCCUUCCGGAUCGACUAUUCCCUGUGAAGCCGACCGCUGAAGCCGAACGGUUGAAAAGCGAACCGUAUACCCGAUAAUGGGACAGAGCCGUGGACAGAGCCACAAGUAGUGUCGAGUAACGGAUACGAAUCGGCGAAAAUUCCAGCCACGUAUAACCGUGGAACCGAGCAUAGGUGCACCUGCGGGCCCGCUUUUGCGCCUCCUCGAAGGGGGGGCCGCGCGAGUAGGAGCCGUCCACGGCGUUGUUCCCCGCCGAUAUAGAGACUGCCGGUGUGCACGGAGACACCCCCGCAAACGAGCGGAUCGCGCGUGUGUCCGUACGACCAAGGACAACAACAUUCUCCGCAAAACUAAUUGCCAGGUAAGUAUAUACGAGCGACGAGCCCGGUCGAGCGCGGCCGAACACGCGCCGAUACACCUUCACGGGGCUUGGGAGGCUUACUAAACGAGAGGAGCGUGGACGAACAAUGAGAUGCUCGGGAAGAUAGGAGGCGAGAGGGAAAACGAGGAAAAGGUAUUCGGUGGAGGACCUUUCGAGGGGGAGAAUUUGUUGGUUUUGAAGAAGAAAAAUAAUGGAUUCGAUGAAGGUGGUGUGAAGAUUUUGAAGGGAGGGAGGAUAAAUUUGUUGUUGGAAAAAGGGAAAAAUAUAUCUUAAGAGGAAAGAUUAAUGAGGAAAUAUGGGAAAUAUGGAAAUGGAAGGAGGUAACAGGAGGUGUGUCUCAUGAGGGUGAACAUUUUUGGGAUGUUGAAUGAUUAUAGAGAUGAAGGAGAGAAUUGUGGAAAUUUGUUAGAAGAAAAUACUUUUUUAGAAGAGAGGUCGAAAAUAAGAAAAGGAAGGGACGAACGGGAGGAGAAAUCGAACGUCAAAUAUUAAUACAAGAGGUAAGAAAAAAGUGAUAAGAAUGGUAAAAAUUAAUAAGGAGAAAAAGUGAGAGGUGAAUUAUGGGACCACCACGAAAGACGGAUGAAAGAAAGAGCGGUGUAAAAUAAGAAACGAUGUUUAAGAGACAAAGACAAAAUGGAAAAAAGAUAAUUACGAAAUUAAAUAUAUGAUGAAAAAGAAAAAUACGGAACGGAUACAAAUAUCGGGAGAAGUAUGAAAUAAUAAUCCGUAAAAUUAUAAAUGUGCAGCAAGGAAAAGUAAUAUCGCGAAGAAAAAUGAAUUAAAAAUUGCUCUCGUCAAACGAAAUAGAUAACGAAAUAUAUAUUCUUUUUAAAGUAUUAUCAAUUGUUGCUCGUGCGUUUACGUAUUAAACUUUAAAAAAAAAAAAAGAAAGAAAAUUAAUAAUAAAACAAAACUUGCUCGUUUAUAUUUUUCGAACGAACGAGCUACCUAUCUGAUUAAUUAAAGUUAAGAAAGUUUUCAACAACUCUCGUAUCAUUAACAAAUAAGAUAAGAUAAAAAGAACAGGAAGCGCGGAUCAGGUAAAUGUGUAUGGAAAAACUGAGAGGGAAAGGUAGAAGGAACGAGGAGAGGGACAGAGACGGAGGGAACAAAGAGCGAACGAAACGAGGUGGGGAGGAAAGAGAGAGGCAUAGCAGAAAUGUAUGUAUAUAUCUGUAUGGCAUAGAAUUUAUUGCUGAGGACCGGGCUGGACCCCGUUGGAGAGCAACAGAGAGAAAGAGACGUACUCGUACGAGAGCGCAUAAUUUAUGCUCUCAUUAUGCGACAACCAAGAUUCAUUACGGCCAACAAGCAUUGUCGCGCCGAUUCGGAGAUCGAUCAUGGCUCGAUAAUGCACGCACCCACAAAAUUGAUGAAUAUAAAAUAUGGACAAGCUAUAACACCGGUAACAUACUCUAAGAAUACUAUAAAAGUACCACCUCGAAAAUUGUGGCAGAAGGAGAAUGUUAAACCGGAAUGUCAAGAUGAUGAUUGGCACAAGAAUAAAAAUUCGAAAAAAGAUGAGAAAUGGGAUGCGAUCCAAUCACCGCAAUUUGUCGAUUUUUCAAAUUUACCCGAUAUUGGAGAUUCGUUUUUUAAUAGAGUGACUGUAGUUGUAAGUACACCAAAUCCGAAUCUUGCAAACGAAAAACUUCCGAAUACAAUUACAGAAGAUGAUUCAUUGAUCACAUCUUUAAAAAAUUUCUCUUUGUCCGAAACACAAAAUGAAACAGUAUACGAAAACCCGUUAUACGUUAAUCAAAAGGAGAAACAAAAGGAAGAAUACGUAGUGCAUGAUGUUAGCAUUAACCAAGUAUAUGAAAAUCCAUUAUAUGUCAAUCAACAAGAGAAAGAAAAAGAAGAAUACGUAGUACAUAAUGUUAGCAAUAAACAGGAAUCUAAUGUUAAAACUGAAAUUUGUAAUAAAGUACAAAAAUCACAGAAUGUUAAGGUGCAUCCAUUCUCUUUUGAUUUACGAUCAAAAAAUAUGCAGAAACAAAAAGAAGAACAAAAACAAAAACACAUUAAAAAGAUAUUGGAAGAAGAAAAAAAAAUAAAAAUAUUUCAUGCAAAUCCCAUUCCAAAAUUUAUAAAAAAUCGAAUUAAAAUUGAACCAAUAAGUAAUAACAAAAAUGAAAAAAAUCAAAAAGUCAAUGUUCCCAAUAAGCAAAUUAAAAAGAAUACCGAGCUUUGGAAAAAACCACCGUUUACACCAUGUUUAUCAAAGAAGAAGUUAGAACCACCAAAAAUAGGACCUUUACACUCAGAAAUUCGAGCGAUAGAAAGAAAACGCUUUGAUGAGAUUAUAAAAGAAAAACAAAGACAAAAAGACUUACAGAAACAAAUGGAAAUUGCUGCUAAAAAGAAACAAGAGGAAGAAGAAAUCGCACAGCUACGAAAACAAAUUGUUCAUAAAGCUCAACCGAUUCGAAGAUAUAAAAUAGAAUUACCAAAAGUCGAAAAACGACCAUUAACUGAUCCUAUAAGUCCAAUAUUAUUGAAACGUCGUCGUCGUGUAUAAUUAAAAUAUAAUUAAGCAUUAUACUUUAAUAAUCGAAUUUUUCAAAUCAAUGUUUUUUUUUUUUCACGCCCUGUUUCGCAGGUAGAUAUAUUUAUAAAGUAACUUAAAUUAAUAAAUAUAUUAUAAUUAAAUUUAAAUUUUCAGUUUAAUUAUAUUAAUAUGUAUGUUUUAAUAUAUUUACACAUAUAGAUACACAUCUAUAUACUUUUUGAUUCUCUAUAAAUUUUGUCAAUAAAGGCAAUUUCAUCGAAAUAUAUUUUUAAUCUGAAAGUAACGUUUUAUAAAACAACAAUUUUUCGUAUCUGUAAAUACUAAAUGAUCGUUAUUUAAAAUAUUUUACUAAAUAUUUUUACCGAGAAUAUGUGAAUGGGAUUAUUGUGAAAGUUAAUCAUUUUUUAUAAUAUGCUCACAUAUUUAACAUAGUUUAUACUGAAUAAAUAUUUGUUUUAACGAA